AUGGCUGAUCAAUCGUCAGUGUUAGCUUUAGUUAUAUUGGCUGUUGGGGUGACUGUCCACUUCUCCUUGCAUAAAGUAGAGGAGGGUCAUGUAGGAGUGUAUUACCGGGGAGGAGCUCUGCUCCCAGUAACCAGUCAGCCCGGAUUUCACAUGAUGAUUCCACUAUUAACAUCAUACAAAUCAAUACAGACAACUCUACAGACUGACGAAGUGAAGAAUGUUCCAUGUGGUACAAGUGGUGGUGUGAUGAUAUACUUCGAAAGGAUUGAAGUAGUCAACAAAUUAGAACCAGUCAGUGUGCUAGACAUGGUGCGUAACUUCACGGCGGACUACGACAAGACGUUAAUAUUCAACAAGGUGCACCAUGAACUGAACCAGUUCUGCAGUGCACACACACUACAUGAAGUUUAUAUUGAUUUGUUUGAUCAGAUCGACGAAAAUUUACGAACCGCGCUCCAAAGAGAUCUGCAUGAAAUGGCGCCUGGCCUUAGAGUGCAAGCAGUCAGAGUAACAAAACCAAAGAUACCAGAGUCAAUCCGCAAGAACUAUGAGCUCAUGGAAGCUGAGAAAUCAAAAUUACUUAUUGCUGCACAACAUCAGAAGGUAGUGGAAAAAGAGGCAGAAACAGCGAGGCGCAAGGCUGUUAUCGAAGCUGAAAAAGAGGCGCAAGUCGCGAAAAUCCAAUAUGAACAAAAAAUUAUGGAGAAGGAGUCUUUACAGAAGAUCGAGCUCAUUGAGGAUAGUAUCCAUAAAGCGAAACAACAAACCAAAGCAGAGGCGGAAUUCUACAGUUUGAAGAAACAGGCUGAAGCUAACAAGAUGUUGCUAACGAGAGAGUACUUAGAACUGAAGAGAUACGAAGCUCUUGCGCUGAACAACAAAAUAUACUUUGGUAGUGAUAUUCCUAACAUGUUCCUGCAGGCUAAUGUCGGUGAUAGUGUUCCAAUCCCUAAAAGCCAUGUUGAAUGA